AUGCAACCUAAUCAGAUGAAAAUAUUUAUUCGUUAUGACACAGUAAAGCAAGUAUGGGCUGCAAUCAAGCAAACCUAUUCAGAUUGUGCCGAUGAAGCCAAGAUUUAUGAUCUUCACAAACGGUCAUUCAUAAUGAAUCAAGCUGACGCAUCAGUUGCCAAAUAUUACAAUGAGCUCAUUGAGAUUUUUCAGGAGCUUGAUCAAUUAAGUCCAAGCCCCAUGGAGCAUCCGAAAGACAUUGAGACUAGAGACAAAGAGGUUGAUCGUCUUCGAGUUUAUAUAUUUCUUGCAGGUUUGGACAAUAAUUUCAAUCAAAUCCGAGGGGAGAUUUUGCGGAUGGAGCCAAAGCCUGAACUUGAGGCAGCAUAUGCACAUAUUAAAAGAAAGAGUAACCGCUAG